AGGUGUUAAAACCUUUGCACUGGGAAAGGCCCAAGUCUCGCGAGAGCUUGGCAGGCCCCAGUGGAAUGUGGGGCCCGACUGAUCAUAAGGGGCAUUUGUUGGGGGCGGAGCUUUGACCGGAGCUUCCCUGGAGCCGUUGGUGCCCGGGGUAGUCCCGUUCCGGCCGAGCCGCUUCAGCGGGGGACGUAGCCAUGAAGGAAGAGAAGGAGCACAGGCCUAAGGAGAAGCGAGUAACCCUGUUAACCCCCGCUGGGGCCACAGGCAGUGGUGGCGGGACCUCGGGGGACAGCUCCAAGGGGGAAGAUAAGCAGGAUCGCAACAAGGAGAAGAAAGAAGCGCUGAGCAAGGUGGUAAUUCGAAGAUUACCUCCCACUUUGACCAAGGAGCAGCUUCAGGAACAUCUUCAACCUAUGCCUGAGCAUGAUUAUUUUGAGUUUUUUUCUAAUGAUACGAGUUUGUAUCCUCAUAUGUAUGCCAGAGCAUACAUCAACUUUAAAAACCAAGAGGACAUUAUUUUGUUCAGGGAUCGCUUUGAUGGUUAUGUAUUCCUUGACAAUAAAGGUGAGUUCUGGUAACUGAAAUAAAAAGGGAAUUUCUUUGUCAUUUGUAUGUUUAAGACAAUGUGUGCAUUGCGUUGCUUCCUGGGUGAUA